AUGCCGUUUCAGAAACAUGGUGGCUCACAGUUUUCAUAACAGCACCGAUGUCACUGCUGGUAACUAGAAGAUUCCUGCACUUGAGAGUUUAUUAUUAAGGCAUAACUGGUGUUAAAGGUAAUUCGGAACAAUGCCGAAAUAUUACGAGGAUAAAGAGGAGGACCACAGAGCCUGCGCCGGUAUCAGAGAAGACUUCAAGGCUUGUCUCCUUCAGCACGACUGUGUUGUUAAGGAGGGAAAGAUGCCCAGUGAGUGCCUGAAGGAAGGCCACUGCAAAGCACUGCAGACAUCAUUCUUUGAGUGCAAGAGGUCAAUGCUGGACACAAGGUCGAGAUUCAGAGGAAGGAAAGGAGAUUGAGGAGCCAACUGAAUGCCAAUGCAGCCGCAUGGUUGAGUGAAAGCUGGAUGAGCAGCUGUGAAUACUUGAACUUGCUCAUGUGUCAGCGUACGCUCAGCGUUGCAAAAGCCCCAUCUGAUGAACAUGUGUGAGGAAAGUGGAACCCAAAGGACAACUAAAUAUGAAAGAAAUGUUCACAGUGACACAAAACAGGAUCAUUAGCAGAGCUGCUGAUGGGCUGAAGUUUUGGGCAUCUUGAUUCCUUGUGAGAAAAAUGUGCUACGCUGGAUGAAUGAGUAUGUUGAGUGUAAUGAUAAACAACUGCAAAAACAAAUAAUGAAUAAAAUGUAAAAUAACAAUUUC